GAGAGGCGGUUGGGUGGGGGGGAACCGUCUCGCUCCGCAUGCGCACUCUUUGACGCUAAACUGACCCACCCGGUCGACAUUUUCGACACAGCAUCGUCAGCGCUGACGCGGAACUACGUGAAACUACGUGAGCGAAGGCGCAAGGCCGUCCAACCCAAUGCUGUAAUUAGUCACGAGUCAGCCUACGUAAAACUCCGGUGGCCGGCUAUGGAUACCUCGGCCUCGCCUCGGCUGGACAGCAGUUUAAACGGCUCGGUGACGGACGGAGACGAGAGCCGGAGUGAAGACAGUCCGGCGUCGGCGGAGUCUCCUGGUGUGACGGUUAUCCAGCUGUGUGACGGUCGGACGGUGCAGGUCCAGGGGGUCAUCCAGGCCCCGCAGACCUCCGUCAUACAGGCGCCACACGUCCAGACGAUCCAGAUCGCCAGUGUGGCAGAGAUGGAGGAUGACGAGUCGGUCACAGACACCCAGAAGAGACGGGUGCUCCUCUCCAGGCGUCCGUCUUAUCGAAAAAUAUUGAAUGAGCUUUCAUCGGAUUCUCCGGCAGUUCCUAAAAUUGAUGAAGAGAGGACUGAGGAGGAGGAGGAGGAGGAGGACGACGACGACGACGAGGAGGAGGAGGAGGAGGAAGAGGUCUCCAGUGCUGCCUCGGCAACAGUGCCGACCUCCAUCUACCAGACCAGCUCAGGACAAUAUAUUGCGAUCACGCAUGGGGGAGCCGUGCAAUUGACCAGCCCAGGAGGGGAAGCCUUUCAGGGGGGACAGAGCGUGAUGGUGGCCAGCUCUCACGCCCAGCAGAAUGGAGCCACCAUCUUGCAGUGUGCCGCUCAGGCCGGAGACUCCCAACAGCAGUUCUACAUUCAGGGAGGACAGGUGCUCGUCCAAGCUGCCACAGGAGACAUACCCACCUACCAGCUGCGUUCGCCUAACUCGGGCCUGGCUCACAGCAUCGUGAUGGCGGCGUCCCCGGGGUCCAUGCAGAACCCCCCACCGCAGCACUCCGGAGACAUCACCCGCAAGAGGGAGGUCCGACUGAUGAAAAACAGGGAGGCAGCUCGUGAGUGCCGCAGGAAAAAGAAGGAGUACGUGAAGUGUCUGGAAAACCGCGUGGCCGUGUUGGAAAACCAAAACAAGACCCUGAUUGAGGAGCUGAAAGCGCUGAAGGACAUUUACUGCCACAAGACUGAGUAGCGGCGGCCGCCUGUGGUCACGAGCAGCUGAAGACGGCGCCGUUUACAAACGACAAAAAAAGAAAGAAAGGAGAGAAAAAAAAGAAGAAGAACUGAACUCUGGAACAAAAACUUUAGUUGUUUCUGCUCACUCAGGCCUGGCGUCCCGGGGAAUUCGAGAAAGAAAAAGAAAAGCUUGCGCUUUUUGCCAGAUAUUUGCCCCCCCCCCCCACCCCCCCAUUUGUUCUCUCGCGCUCGUCGCAUGCUUUGUGCUGCAGCUUUCGUGCACGUGCAGCCAGAGCCAGCCGACGGAGAGGAGCGGGAAGAGGAAGUACAGGUGCUUCCUGAAGAGGCCGGAGAGUUCCUCGGAGGUCAGAGGAGGUGCAAACCGGACGGCGUUUACCUGACGUCGUUUUAUGCUUCGCCGUGUCACGCAUUCCUCUCCGCGCGGAAAAAAACAAACACUUUGAGGCGGUUUGCAUCUCAUCGACUUGUUUUCAGUUUGUCUAGACGUUCUUUGUUUGGUCCAAAAAAUAAGAAUACAAAAAAUAAAUAACAAAAGUGUUUCAAGAUGGCUGCUCAUGCACAGAGCUGCACAAAUAAUGCUUCACGCCAAAGCAGCGGCCAGGGGGCAUUACCUGAAAUCACACGUGGUUUAUCCGUCGAUUGUAAUAUUCUAAAAAUGAAAUGAAACGUCGAAGCACAGAAAGAACCAAAGUAUCUGAAUUUAUAUUCUAUUACAUUCAUUCGAGGAAUUUCACUCCACAACUUUGGAAAAUAUUCUACAAAGAAAAUGUCAGUUUGUGGCUGACGUGCGACGACGUGAAUCGUCUAUUCUACACGGAAUACAAGUUAUCUUUUGUAAAGCGACAUCUCACCAUAACUCACCGCUCUACUGUCACGCAAGCGUCUUUUUUGCGAACAAUAGAUAUCCAUUGUGCUACGAAACUGUAUUUUGAUUAUGGCUGGAUAUUGAAAAAUGCUCUGUUUUAAAGGGUGAUGCCAAUUUCUUUCUUCUUUUUUUUUAUGUAAAGACCUUUUUAUUUGAACGAUAUUGAUCAUGUUGUGUUCAUGUUUCUGGUGAUUUAAGAAGACUGCCUGCUUUUAAAAAAAGAAUUUCCACUGAAAAUAUUUUAGAGAGCGAGAGAGAGAGAGCACCUCUUAACAUGGCAGACUUAUGGCUGCCGAAGCUCUCCAGCUAGUGAACUAGUGCUGAGCUCAGUGACACCACCAUGACUCCCUCAUGGCGUUGUGUUCACAGAGGAAAUGGACGUUGGCUGGAAUUCUACGAAAAAUUAUAAUAAAAUGAUGUUUAAUUUGA